UCCCACCUGGAAUCCUGGAAUACCUUGAAUCCUGGUGGCUUCUUCAGCCUGCUUUGCAAUCCCCCACCAAUUAUGCCUCACUUCCCCACGGGUACAGGCGUCAAUCCCGACGCAGACUCUCCCCAGAUGGAGCCCACCACCGCUAAAAGAGCCCGGUCCCCGUCGGCGGCAACCAAAGUCAAGAACCGUCGCAAGCGCUACCUGGACAUGCACCCGGAGUAUUUCUCUGCUGAUCUCGAGCUUGCCGACCCGUUACUGUAUGAUCGCUUAAUCCGCCGGUUCCAGACCCCAGCCGAGAGGGAGGCGGAAGGACGUGCCAAAGGCUUCUCGGGUGUGCUGCAAGCGGACCUGUGUAGAUCUGAGGCCAAAUUCGAGGCGCUUUCCCAUCCCGAUCCUCACUCGAUAUUCAGCUAUACGCGGGGCCCGAACGGAGAGAUCCUCGCGGAGGACCGCGACGAAAUUCCGCCCAACAAGGAAGAAGGGGAGAAGGCAUGGCGGUGGGAGAUGACCCUGCGGUUUCUGAGGGGUGAGGACAGCGACUUUGAUUAUGCCACGGUCGACAAUAAUGAUGAAUACGAUGAUUGGAACGUCGAGCAAGACAAAUAUUUUGACGAUGAAGAACCGGAGUGGCUUGUGGAUGGAGCGGACGAUGGAGACAUCAAAUCCCAUUUACAGGGCGAGACCGGUGUACAGGACUUUUGA